CGUCACCAAGCAACUCACACAGGAGAGAAACCAUUUAAAUGCCUGGAGUGUGGAAAGGGUUUCACUGUGAAGGCACAGCUCACCUAUCAUCAAAGAACUCACACAGGAGAGAAACCAUUUAAAUGCCUGGAGUGUGGGAAAGACUUCACUCAGAAGACACAUCUCACUUGUCACCAAGCAACUCACACAAGAGAGAAACCAUUUAAAUGUCUGGAGUGUGGAAAAGGUUUCAUGGGGAAGACACAGCUCACCUAUCAUCAAAAAACUCACACAGGAAAGAAACCAUUUAAAUGUCUGGAGUGUGGAAAAGGUUUCAUCCGGAAGACACAGCUCACCUGUCAUCAAAAAACUCACACAGGAGAGAAACCAUUUAAAUGCCUUGAGUGUGGAAAAGGCUUCUCUCAGAGGGCACACCUCACUCGUCACCAAGCAAUUCACACAGGAGAGAAACCAUUCAAAUGCCUUGAGUGUGGAAACAGUAAUAUUCAGAAGGCACAUCUCACUUAUCAUUACAAAAACUCACACAGGAGAGAAACCAUUUAAAUGCCUUGAGUGUUGAAAAGGCUUCACUCAGAAGACACACUUCACUCGUCACCAAGUAAUUCACACAGGAGAGAAACCAUUUAAAUGCCUGGAGUGUGGAAACAGUUAUAUUCAGAAGACACACCUCACUGAUCAUCAAAAAACUCACAUAGGAGAGAGACCAUUUAAAUCCCUGGAUUGUGAAAAACAUUACAUUCAGAAGAUGCGGGUCACGUUUCAAAAAACUCACAAAGGAAAGAAACCAUUUAAAUCCCUGCUUUGUGGGAGAAGCUUUACUCGUCACACUGUUCAACGCAGUUUUCGUGAUCUUCAAUCUGUUGACUCUAACCAUCUUGGUCAGACCCUGGAUUCAUCUCUCUCUUCCCUGAAUCUCGGGGAUUCUGCUGAU